AUGUUUAAAUCUGCAAGUCUAUUUAUAACUUAUCUAACAUUAUAUUUAUUAAUUAAUAUUGAAUGUUUUAUAAUACCCCAAAUAUCUGGAAUGGAAAAACGAUAUGAAUCAAUCCCAUUUAUACCACAUUCUAAAUUAAAUGUUAAUAGAAGAACAUCAUACAACAAUUUAUUUGAUUUCGAUUUACUAAGAGAUAAACGGUUUGGAAAUACAAGAUAUGGAAGAAAUUUGAAUACUGAUUAUUCGUCAAUCAAUAACAGAAAUUUACAGCAACUAAAGAAAUUACAAAUAAUACCAGACGAUUAG